GCAAACAUAAGGUUGGUCAAAUACAAAUAUGCACCACAUGCCUACUUUGUUCUGUAAUAGCUGUACGUCCCCAAAGACUCUGUCAUACUAGGUGCACCCUUCUGAAAAAUGUACUCUGCCCCUAAACUAAACAGUUUUAUUUUGUUUUACAAGCUGUUUGCACCAGCUUGAAUGGGCUUCAGUAAACAUGUGGUGGUAUAAGAGCCGUGUUCUAGUCCUCGCUCUUCUGUUUGGAAUACACAUGCGAGCUGGCCGCCUUUAAAGGAGUCCAACGCAAACCUCAGGAGGUGAGACCUCUAAGGGAUGUCCAUUCCUGCUACACGGAUUUAUUCUCAGUUUUUUUGUUUUUAAUCUAUUCACUCUUUAGGUUUUGCUCAUAUUUUCCUCUCUUCAAACUGCAGCAAUGGCUUUCCAGUCCAACGUGAUCAGCUCGCAGCCUCAGGUCACGGUCACUCGGUACUCUGUGUCUUCUGGAUUGUCAGAUUGGAGUUCAAAUGUGUGCGACUGCUGCGAAGACUGCGGCAUCUGUAAGUGUUUUUGUACUGUGUGUUCCUAGAAUAACCGUCUCAGUUACAUGAACCACAUCGGUCCAUCACGUCUCUCUCCCCUGCAGGUUUAUGUGCAUCCUUUUUGCCUUGCAUCCUGACCUGUCAGGUGGCUCAGGACCAUGGGGACAGCUGCUGUCUGGCCUUUCUUCCUGGGGCCCCGAUUGCUCUCAGGACAAGUCUCCGUAGCAAAUACAACAUUGAAGUGAGUGUGUUAGAGUUGUUCUUCUCUAGGUCAAACAUGAACAAUGAUAGAGCUGGGUGCUUCUUAUGAUAGUAGCUGUUAAAAACCAAGAACAAAACAAUCACCAUAUUGGAAGAAUGCGACACUGAGCUAUUUCGCAACAAAUCUUAUAUUGAACACUUUAUUCAACAUCAGUUUUGUGGCUGUACAAAUAUUAAACUACCCCUGUUUAAUGGCAAAUGCUACAUCGCCAUGGUGACAGCACUGGAUACAGACUCAUAAGCUUGUUAAGGGAACAGGAUCAAGUCUUUAACCUUCCUCCUGUGUUAGCUUUUACUACGCACCCACUAUGUUAAGGGUCAGUUUUGACCCGUGUCUUAAAUCAGCUGUAAAUUACACAAUUACAAUUACACAAUCAGCUGUAAAUUACACAAUUCUCUAUCAUCAAUUCAUCAAUAUCAUCAAUAUCAUCAAUAUAUCAACAACUCUCUAUCAUCCAAUUUGGUUCUCAUCUCUAGGUCACCUUGUUAGGCUUCAUUAUCCAUGAAAAUAUUGCUUAUAAUAGUUUUUGUUGUUGGCCUCUGGGCUUUUCUUCGUCAGUAUGCCCCUCAUACAGACAUCCAUACUGAAUUGAUCUCACAUGUCUGGACAUGUCAGUCGUUUUUGUGCAGGGAAAAACAUGAAAUCAGAAUUUCCUAAAUCUCACAUGAUUGGAAGAGGAUCUGACUGUCAGUGUGGUGCCUGCCAGUGCACUUGUGAUUCCAGUUUUUGCUCUGAUUAUUAGAUUUCAAUCUAACCAGGUCAACAGCGACUCUAACAUGACAAGUGCCAUAAUUUUAAUAAAAGCAUUUUAUGAUUUAGUCAAUGAAAUUUGUUAUUUUUAUUUUGUUGAUAAAGAGUUUUCUGACAAAGUCAAAAAGUAUUGGAGCAAAAAAGCUAAUGUAAGUGGUUCUUUUAAGCAUUUAAAAAACAAAAACGGGUCGGUGCAGACCCUAACACAGGAGGAGGUGGGUUAAAUGUACCCGAUGAAAUCUGAGUGGGAUGCAGCUAGCUAGACCAGUAUAAAUCUCUUCAUUUUUUUCACAGUGAUGGUACAUGUCAUAAUCUACUUUGUAUGUAUUCUGUCACAGGGUUCGGUGUGCGAUGACUGGGUGGUCAUGUCCUGCCUGCCUCUGUGUGGACUCUGUCAGAUGGCACGAGAGCAGAAGAUGAGAGGAUUGAAAUAAAGGAUGCUUAAUCUAAUAGUCAAACUACAAACAUGGAAAUGAACUCUUUGAACUGUACAGAGCUGCUGCGGUUUAUGCUUUCAGAUUUAAAAUGAAACAAUCAUAAAAUCAUCUUAUUUUAAAAGAUUUUGAAUCUUUGUAAUAUAAUAAACUAAUAAUUGGACUAAAUCACUGUUUUGUUACUACUAAUUUUCCUUUACAAGCAUAUGAGAUUACAUAUACAGUAACAUCUGGCAGUCUUGAUGAUUCAGAUGGUAGAAAAUAACAUCCGAUGGACUAAAGCUGAAUAGUGACACAGUGUGUUUAAAUUGUGUUACUGCAAUAAAACCUUUGGCCGCAUGAAAGACAGCAAAGUUUCCAGAAUAAAUAAAUAAGUAAAUCAGAAGUUCAUAGCUGUGGAUUUACACAUUUUGUAUUUUUGAAUGUCAUUCCUCCUUGAUCGUACUUUAAAAACAGUAUUAACUCAAUGUAUUUAGGAAAUUCAUUUCAUAUUUUACUGAAACAUAUGUCUUAAUUGUUGAAUAAACCGAU